CGACCAUGGCAGCCCCCGGACGCAAGAAAAAGACCCCCUUGAAGCUCCACGUCGUCGAGGACCCGCCACCAAUAAUCGCCCCCGCUAACCUCGACAAACGCACGACAAUAACCAUCGGCGAGCGCACGUUCGACGUGGAAGCCGACGACUUGGAGAAAAUCGCAGAUUUGGGCAGGGGGGCGUACGGGAUCGUGGAGAAGAUGAAGCACGUCCCGAGCGGGACAAUCAUGGCUGUUAAGCGCAUCGCUGCCACUGUAAAUACGCAAGAGCAGAAGAGACUGUUGACUGACUUAGAUAUUUCGAUGAGGAGCAGCGACUGUCCGUACACGGUGCAGUUCUACGGGGCGCUGUUUCGCGAGGGGGACGUGUGGAUCUGCAUGGAGGUGAUGGACACGAGCUUGGAUAAGUUUUACAUGAAAGUGUACAGGCACGGACGCAGGAUACCUGAAAAUAUGUUAGGUAAAAUCACGUUUGCGGUCGUCAGCGCGUUGCACUACCUCCACUCGCAGUUGAAAGUCAUCCACAGGGACGUCAAACCCUCAAACAUACUUAUAAAUAAACAAGGGUCGGUGAAGAUGUGCGACUUCGGUAUUAGUGGCUACCUCGUGGAUUCCAUCGCCAAGACCAUAGACGCUGGUUGUAAACCAUACAUGGCUCCCGAGAGGAUAGACCCCCAGGGGAAUCCCUCCCAGUACGACAUCCGGUCGGACGUGUGGAGUUUAGGGAUUUCGCUGAUUGAGUUGGCGACGGGUCAGUUCCCCUAUCCGAAGUGGGGCUCCCCGUUCGAGCAGCUGAAGCAGGUGGUGACCGACGACCCCCCUCGGCUGCCGCCGGGCCAGUUCACGGCCGAGUUCGAGGACUUCAUCUCGAAAUGUUUGCAGAAAAAGUACACAGAUAGGUCGAACUACGAACAGUUGUUGAAUCACAGUUUCCUUGUCACGCACAAGGAGAUGAACACCGAUAUUUCCUCGUUUAUUUCGGAGGUGCUGGAUUUGCCGGAGAAUCCCUGAGAUUCGUGCAAUAUUUCUUAGUUAGGAUUCUAUUUUAUUUUAACGAUUUUAAAGAGGAGUCUUUGUUUUGGAAUUUAAUUGACUGGUGAAGUACAAAGUGACAUUGAGUUUUAAUGACAAUUUUAGAAAUUACGAGCACUCUGAGGUGUAGUUCACUUGCUAAACUAGCGACGAGUCAAUUAAUUAAGAGUAGGAUAGACGAUUUUCUUCGUUCGAUUUUUAUUUGCAUCACAUUUUAACUAUUCUAGCGACUCUAAUAAUGCUUGGCCGCGUUCUUAUGGCUCCUUUUGCUCAACUACUUGAGUGCAUUUUAUUUUAUUAAUUUAUUUUAGUUUCUUCUAGUAUUACUCAUCUUUUAAUCUUACUAGAUUGAAUCGAUUUUAAUUUUAUUGUUAAAUGUGUGAUAAUAAAAUAGUACGUUCAAAAUCAACACUUUAUUUAAAAUGACUUAAAAACAGUCCAGUCUUGUAUUGUAGAAGUCACAUUGUGUCUUAAUGUAAUGUUUACACCUAAAAUAUAAAAAUAUAUUUUGGCUUGUAGUCUUCAAAACGGCGAGUUCAUCCCUAGCUUCGUCCCGAAGUCCAGUCGGGCUCGUUUUCGGAAUCUUUUGUUCGCCCUGGAACAAAAUUCUCGUUGGAAAAUUUAACACACUAUAAUUUUGUAACUCACAUUAUUUCCUGUUGCUUAAUAAUUUCGUUAAUUAUUAAAACCAAAAAAGGGGAGACUGCCGCGAAAAUAAUGACCCAAACCGGCAUGUCAAACCUUUGAUUCUCGUCAGUACUGUUUUUUAAAUUAUAAUAAUUUACUAUUGUAUGAAUACUUUGAAUUAGUACU